AUGGCUAAGCCAGAAGCAGUUAUCAAAAUCAAAGGAGAGAAUAAGAACACGUGGGAAAAGCGGUUUAAAGAAGUUAUUAUUCUGAACCACGUAGCAAAUGUAGUGGGUAGCAGUUAUGGGUUAAGAGCAUACGUGUAUGAUUAUGAGUCUACAAGAUUUGAAGUUGAAGAAAUUUUCAAUGCAGUCACACAACGAGGUGGGAAGGUUUUCAAUGUUUUUCUAAAUGAAAGAAAAUGUGAGUGUGGUGCUUUUCAGGCAUAUAGAUAUCCAUGUUCACAUGCAAUAGCAGCCUGUGCACACGUUCGUAUAGAUCCAUUAACUUUUGUUGAUGCCGCAUACACUAACGAAUACAUCAAAGCGGCAUAUUCAGGUCAAUGGUUCCCACUUGGAAGUGAAGAAAAUAUUCAACCUACUAAUGGACCUCGUAUAGUUCCAGAUGAGACAAUGAUACGUACAAAGGGACGCCCAAAAUCCACGCGCAUUAGAAAUGAAAUGGAUUGGACUGAAUCCCAAAGGAGGCAACGAUGUGGACAUUGUAGGCGUGAAGGGCAUAAUAGAACCAAUUGCCCUGUGCUGGCUGAAGAUGUAUUCAAUAACGCAUAA